AUUGGAAAUGUGAUGCCUGGUUUUUGUUUAUUGUGUGAAAAAAAGGGUUCCUUUUUUGCAGGUUGAAGGGUCUUUUGGGGUUCUUUCUGCAAACUUGAUUGUGGCAUCUUGGUGUUGGUGAACAAUGGCAUCUGAUCUAAACAAAACUCUGUCCAAAGUAUACAUUGGUCUGCAAUUGUGGCUUCUUAUUGUAAUUGGCUUAGGGUUGGUGUUUGUAGUUAUCCUUAGCGUGUCACUGUGGCUUAGUUUUCGGAAGAAAACCCGAAGGGGGAAUGCCAUGCUUCCUCUGAGCCAAGCGCCUCGUGUGUUGGAGGAAAUUAAAGAGAUAGGAGUUGAUCAAGCAUCGGCGAACAAUGGUAGGGUGAACACCCUUAAUGAGAAGUUCAGUGAUAGAGAUUCGGAGAAGGUUUUGUUUAAUGUCGAAAAUGGAAACGAUAGCAGCCGGCCGGGGUCUUUUAAUAAUCAUGUGGAGAAAGAUGUUAAAGGGUCUCAACCAUCUUCGCAUCCUUUGACUGCUCCUUCGCCUUUGUCUGGCCUGUCUGAAACUUCACGUCUAGGCUGGGGUCAUUGGUUCACACUCAGAGACCUACACCUUGCAACUAACCGGUUUUCGAGGGAUAAUAUUAUCGGUGAUGGUGGAUAUGGAGUUGUUUAUAGAGGCAAUCUGAUUAACGGGACUCCCGUAGCUGUCAAAAAGCUUCUUAACCAUACGGGACAAGCUGACAAGGAUUUCCGGGUGGAAGUUGAAGCCGUUGGUCAUGUGCGUCAUAAAAACUUAGUUCGACUUCUUGGGUAUUGCAUCGAGGGCACACAAAGGUUAUUGGUUUAUGAAUAUGUCAACAACAGCAAUUUGGAGCAAUGGCUCCGUGGGGAUAUGUCUCACAAGGGAUAUCUUACCUGGGAGGCUCGGAUAAAGAUCAUUCUUGGCACUGCCAAAGCGCUGGCAUAUUUACACGAGGCGAUUGAACCAAAAGUCGUGCAUAGAGACAUAAAGUCAAGUAAUAUACUGAUUGAUGACAACUUCGAUGCGAAGAUAUCUGAUUUUGGUCUGGCCAAACUGCUAGGUGACGGGAAAAGUUAUAUCACUACGAGAGUUAUGGGUACCUUCGGUUAUGUUGCUCCAGAAUAUGCCAACUCCGGCCUCCUGAACGAGAAGAGUGACGUUUAUAGUUUUGGCGUUGUGCUCUUAGAAGCAAUUACUGGAAGAUGCCCCAUAGAUUACGGUCGUCCUAAGCCCGAGGUAAAUAUGGUUGAGUGGUUAAAGAUGAUGGUUCAACUCAGACGUUCGGAGGAAGUAGUUGACCCUAACAUUGAGACCAGACCAUCAACUAGUGCCCUUAAACGUGCCCUUUUGACUGCUUUAAGAUGUGUUGAUCCUGAUGCCGAAAAAAGACCAAAGAUGAGUCAGGUUGCUCGCAUGCUUGAAGCAGAGGAGUAUCCUAUUCCUCGAGAGGAUAGAAGACGCAGAAGGAAUCAGUCAGUUAAUUCAGAUGUUGAUACACAGAAGGAAAACUCCGAUGCUGAUCGGAGUGAUAUUCCGGAUCCGAGGUUGGGAGCUGAAUGAAAAAAUCAACUGUAGACUCGGGGAUAACACGGGGUUUGGAGGCUGAGAACAAGGGAAACCACCGCCAUUGCAUUCGAUUCUAUUCCGAUACCUUCAGAUGGCCCUUUAGUUGAAUUAUAUAUCUUCUUAAAGGUCAUUGCCACUAGAUUUUCUGUAUAUAUCUAUAUGGAUUCUAUAUAAUUUUGGCCUGUUAUUCAGAUUAGGCGAAUUAGAUCGAUAUUAUGAAUUCUUUGUUGCUGGGAUGGAGAAGAAU